AUGGCAGCAGCAUCUUCUUCAGCAAACAUGAUGCCGGACGGGGAAAGGGCCGUAGACGAGGUCCUUGGCCACCGUUUAGAAUCAAGCGCGCGUCGAUUUGACAAUGACAUUCCUUGUCUGACCUUGGCUACUCCGGAAGGACGUGCCUUUGACAGUCUAGGCUCGAACACCUCAUCUUUGCCUGCCCCAUCCCACCCUUCUUCAGCUGAGCCAGCACCACCAGGUCCAAACCCAUUUGUUGGCAAUGAAACCAUCAAUAGGCACCAGGAUGUCAUCCUUAGUCCGGCGGAUCCCCAGGCGCUUCGUCUUGCUUGUAUCUUGGAAUCUACCACAUCGCGGGAUCAGAAGGGAAGUCUUGCUACCUUGCGCGGAUCACAUCUGGAAAAAGAAGACCGGCAUCCUAUCAGGAAUGAACACAGCCUGGAAAAUAACGUGAUCCACCAAGACGAGCAUGCUUGUACCUGUGACCUACACACAGGAGUAGGCCAACCUGCAGUGACAUCUACGGAUCUGGGCUCCGGGUUGUCUGGAAGUUCUUCAACAGUUACUGACCCGGGGAAUCAUAAGACCGAGAGACGUGAGGGGCGGAUGAUGGAAGCCGUCACUGGUGUUCUGAUUACAAGUGGCUUUUCCAUUGCAAGGCUACGUAUGAUGCGACGUACCUCGGCCUGGUGUCAAGAUCUGGAUCUUGAUCGUCUACCGAAUGAGAUACUCAUGCACAUCUUGAGUUUUCUUGAAGUGUGCGAUCUUCUGGCCACGUCACGGACAAAUCACCAUCUACGCAGCCUAUCCCUCUUGCCAAUCCUACAUCACUACCGCCUCCGCCGGGUCCGUAUCUCUCUGUCUUCCCUGCUCGUCUCGCCCUCUCGCCCGACGCUCGCCGAGCUCAUCGCGCGGCACAUCUUCCUGACGCACACAACGCAGAUCUCGCGGCGCCUGGCCCGCAGUCUCGUGACCAUCAAGCUGUCGCGGCGCCUCCCGCUGCGACCCUCGGCCGAGUCUCUCGUCCAGCGCGGCGUGCUGCCCGGCGAGGUCGUCGGGGGUGCCGUGGCACCGGCGCUCGUGGCCCAGCGGCGUGCCGUAGAGCGCGAGAGGCUCAAGGACAGCCUCCGGAGGUGGGUCGGCGGCAAGUGGAGGGGCGAGGUGCGCGAGAGGGGCGAGGGCGUCCGGAGGUGGGACGAGAGUCGGGGCGUGGGACGGGUUUGGAGACUGCGCAGGUUCUGGGAGCGCGUGGGUGGAGACGGCGGUGGUGGCGCCGUCGAGCGUGCGUUUGAGUCCUCUGGAGGACGAGCCGCAGAGGGUACAUCAUGA